AUGGGUACUGUUCAUGAUAAUUUAAAAGAGAUUCCAAAUCAUUAUUCACAUUAUCAAGUAUUGGGUGUAUCAUAUUCAGCUGAGAAAAAUGAAAUUAAAAGUGCUUUUAGGAAACUAUCUAAAAAAUUCCAUCCUGAUAUGAAUCAAAGAGUUUCUCCAAAGAAGAAGAAGAUAAUAAAUAACAAUUAUUUAAAAAUCGUAUCAUCUUAUGAAGUGUUAUCAAAUGAUGAUAAAAGACAAAAAUAUGAUAGUUCAAUGAAGCCGAGUGGUGGUAAUGGAAGUCAUGUUAGAGUUAAUAGAGAACGUGAUUUUAGUGGGAAUGUUUUCUAUCAAGAGAGGAAAACUUAUAGUGCAGGUGGUAUAAAUAGAAGUCGUGGUCGAGUUAAUUUCGGACCAGGUUAUAAAGAAUCAACUUCAACUUAUUCAAAUUUUGAUAGAUUCAGUUCACCAACUGGUUCAAAUUAUGAUGUUCCUCAUUUUGAUUAUGAUCAACAUUUAAAAGGAACUUUAUCAUUUGAAAGAAGAAUGAUUAAUAAAAGAAUUGCCAAAACUUAUAUGAUUAAUGAAGCUGAGAAAUUGGAAAAAAGUAGGCAAAAAAGGGAAAAAGAUUCAAAUAGAGAUAAAAUUCAUGAUGAAAUUCAUGAUAUUUUAAAUUUGGAUAGAUAUGGUGCACAUUCAAGAAUUAAACAAAAAGAAAGUGGAUCUGGUUCAAAAGCUGUUUUAUUAGUGGGUACUUUAGGGAUAAUUGCAGUUGGUGGAUUGUUAUUACAUUGA